AGCACUGGCUGCUCUUUCAGAGGACCCAGGUUCAAUUCUCAGAACCACAGGGCUCUCAGGUAUCUGUAGCUCCAGUCCCAGGAGCUCUAACACUCUUCUGCCCUCUAGGGGCAUCAGCCGUGCCCCUGGUGUACAGGCAGAUGUUCAGGCAGUCCGCUCAUGCACAUACACAUUUUUAAAGAAACGUAGGCUCCCAGGGCUAGAGAGAUGGCUCAGUUAAAAGUGCUCUCUCCUCAGUCCUGGAGAUGAGUUCAGAUCCCAGCACCCGUGUAACAAGGUGGGCAACCCUACAAAGGCCUAUACCUCUCCCCGCCCAGCUCCAAGCAGAGUAGAGACAGGAAAAUUGCUGAUGCUUGUUGGAUUCCAGCCUAGCCAAUGCAAGAGCCAGGAUCCACGUUUAGGGAGAAACCGUGUCUCAGAAAAACCAGCAAAGUGAUAAAGGAGUGCACCUCUCAUGUGUGCACAAGCCUACGAGUAUCCUCGCACACAAGAAAUGGUACUCUAAACAUAAGGAAAAACCUAGCUCCUGGCAGAACCACCUAUUCCACAUCAGGCUGUUCUAAUAUAAGACAAUCUGAAAAAUAAAGGCUUGGCAGCUGGCUCAUUGGGCUAAGACACUUAUCCAAGCAAAAGGACCCCAGUUUGGAUCCCCAGGACACACAAAGGCUGGACAGGUGUAGCAUCUGCCCGUAAUCCCGUAAUCCCGGUCAGGAGGAAUAGUCAGGGGACUCCAUAGAGUUAAACUGGCCAGCUGAAAUCAGGGAGCUCUGGUCUCAGUUGAGAGACCCUGCCUCCAUAAAUAGAGGAGCAUACCCAAUGCCAGCUUCAGGCUUCUGCAGGAAUUCACACAUACUGACAUACAUAAAAUUAUCAUUAACCCUUUAAAAGGGCAAAACAAAGGGCUUCCCGGUUAUAAAGAAUCCGAAAUGGAGAACAAAUUGCCACCCUUACUCUUCACCCGAAAGCCCGCCCCCACACAAGAGGCUGGGCUUUUGGGCAAACCUGCUCCUUGGGACGGGAGGUGGCAAAACCUGUUUGAAGAUGAGGUUACCUCCCUUCCACACCUCCUGCUUCCUCAGAGGCAGGAGCAACAGCUGAGACAGAAAAGGAAAGCGUUGGGGGCUGGGACCACAGCCUCCUAGCCUGCUUAAGGGCCCAAGAAUACAGGACAAGCUGUGAAGAUGGGGACUAUGCAAGAAACAGGGAAAAAGACAUUAGAAGGAGGGGCUGAGGAGAAGGCAGGAGCCCCCGAGCCAGGAGCAGCCCUGAGACUUGGAGACCUGGAGCUGAAGGAAGAAUGGCAAGAUGAAGAGUUUCCUAGAUUGCUUCCUGAGGAUCCUGGUCCGUCUGGAGAUCUUGAAGACCCUCAGAGAGACGCACAGGCAGGUACCCCCAGCACUCUGGCCCUGUGUGGCCAGCGCCCUAUGCGGAAGCGUCUUUCUGCCCCAGAACUGCAGCUGAGCCUGACUCGGGGAACAGGAGACAAUGGAGCCUCCCCCACCCACUCUGCGUCUUCCUCUUCUAACGGCAGCUUGGACCUGGAGGUGGAGGAGUUGGAGACACCCUCGGACUCUGAGCAGCUGGACAGCGGACAUGAAUUUGAAUGGGAAGAUGAUUUGCCUCGGGCAGAGGGCCUGGGGGCCAGUGAGGCAGCAGAAAGGCUGGGCCGGGGUUGUGUAUGGGAUGUGGCUGGAGAAGAUGGUCAUCGCUGGAGAGUGUUCCGAACAGGACAGCGAGAGCAGCGGGUGGACAUGACCAUCAUUGAGCCCUAUAAGAAAGUGCUGUCUCAUGGAGGUUAUCACGGCGAUGGCCUUAAUGCUGUCAUCCUCUUUGCUUCCUGCUAUCUACCCCGAAGCAGCAUCCCCAACUACACCUAUGUCAUGGAACACCUGUUCAGGUAUAUGGUGGGGACUUUGGAACUGCUGGUAGCUGAAAAUUAUCUGCUCGUUCACUUGAAUGGAGGCACAAGCAGGGCCCAAGUGCCACCUCUCACCUGGAUACGCCAGUGUUACCGUACCCUGGAUAGGAGGCUUCGGAAAAACCUUCGAGCCCUGGUGGUCGUUCACGCUACGUGGUAUGUGAAGGCCUUCCUGGCCCUGGUUCGGCCCUUCAUCAGUUCCAAGUUCACACGAAAGAUCCGGUUUCUGGACAGCCUUGGGGAGCUGGCCCAGCUCAUCAGCCUAGAUCAAGUCCACAUACCUGAUGUGGUCAGACAGCUGGACCAGGAUCUCCAUGGCUCGAAGGGUACCUAACACCAAACUGGGCAAAGAUCACAGUCGGUCUGUGCACCGGAGCUCCAGUUCCAGUGGACCCUCACUUCUCAAUGUGAUACCCUCUUCUGGACACUGCCUUUAAGCUGGGAUUUGAGGGUGGGAACCCCGUAUGUGGGUGGCUUGCAUUUGGGCUGUCCAAAAAGAAGGCUGAGUGUGGCGUUGGAAGGUCAGAGCUCUGGGUUUUAAUUCUGCUUUAGCUAUAAAAUGUGUGCGUCUCAUUUUUCUUCUCUGUAAUCAAAACCGCUGGGAUCCUUCGCAUCUUAGCUAUCUUAGCAGCCCUGGAGGGGAGGUGGAUGAAAGGUCAAGGGCUUAACCAACAGCCACAGCCAGCCUGUCUGCUGGCAGGCCAGGAGCCAGCUUGCAAAAUCUUGAAGAGCCAACCCCUUCUUAGUUUGCUGCCUGUGAUCUGGGAGGGACUGUUGUCAUAACCUGUGUUUUCAUCCUCGUUAGCAAAUUCAGGCCUGUGGCCUUUAAUAAACUGUGGUGAGAGAUUUAA